AAUAAAAUGUUCGAUUGCUUUCGAUGGCACACAUCACUAUAAACCAAUAUUUGCAGCAGGUAUUGGAAGCCAUUGACAACAGAGAGGGAUCAUUCUGUGCAGAAUUAGUGUCAUUUAAACAUCCUCAUGUUGCAAAUCCAAGACUUCAGCUUCCAUCACCGGAAGAAAAAUGCCAACAAGUCUUGGAGCCACCUUAUGAUGAAAUGUUUGCUGCCCACUUAAGAUGUACGUAUGCGGUUGCCAACCAUGACUUUGUAGAAGCUUACAAAUGUCAGACUGUUAUAGUACAAUCCUUCUUGAGAGCUUUUCAGGUGCACAAAGAAGACAACUGGGCUUUGCCUAUUAUGUAUGCAGUAGCUCUUGAUCUUCGAAUAUUUGCUAAUAAUGCUGACCAACAGCUGGCAAAGAAAGGCAAAGGCAAAAUUGGUGACAUGUUGGAAAAAGCAGCGGAACUCCUGAUGAGCUGUUUUAGAAUCUGUGCCAGUGACACUCGGGCCAGCAUUGAUGAUUCCAAAAAAUGGGGCAUGCUGUUUCUGGUGAAUCAGCUAUUUAAAAUUUAUUUUAAGAUCAACAAGCUUCAUCUGUGCAAGCCCCUGAUAAGAGCAAUUGAUAGCUCAAAUCUCAAAGAUGAAUACAGCAUGGCACAGCGGGUUACGUUUAGAUAUUACGUUGGACGGAAGGCCAUGUUUGAUAGCGAUUUUAAGCAAGCUGAAGAAUAUCUCUCUUUUGCCUUUGAGCACUGCCACCGCUCAAGCCAGAAAAAUAAAAGGAUGAUUUUGAUUUAUUUGCUGCCAGUGAAAAUGUUACUGGGACAAAUGCCAAUGAUCCAACUUCUAAAAAAAUAUGACCUCAUGCAGUUUGCAGAAGUAACAAAGGCUGUCAGCGAAGGCAAUCUUCUUUUACUGAAUGAUGCUCUGGCAAAACAUGAGACGUUCUUCAUCCGCUGCGGCAUCUUCCUUAUCCUUGAAAAGUUGAAGAUCAUAACCUACAGGAAUCUCUUCAAGAAAGUGUAUUUGUUACUCAAAACUCACCAGCUUUCUCUAGAUGCCUUUCUGGUUGCUCUGAAAUUCAUGAAAGUCAAUGAUGUUGAUAUUGACGAAGUCCAGUGCAUUCUAGCUAACCUCAUAUAUAUGGGGCACAUUAAGGGUUAUAUAUCACACCAGCAUCAGAAGCUUGUGGUCAGCAAGCAGAACCCAUUCCCUCCAAUCUCAACUGUCUGUUGAGUCCACUGUGAUCCAGAUGGAGAACAACUGUUCACGAACUUGGUUUGCCGUUGCUUGGAGUGGUUCUUUUCGAAGCUUGGAACUGGCUGGUUGGAACUGGC